AUGGCUCAAGCAGUAGCAACUAAUUUUCGUCGACGUAUUCUUGGUUCAAGACAAGAUUCAUCUAAUAAUAAUUUAUCUAAUGCAAUAAAUACAAGUCAUUCAUAUCAAAAUCGUACAUCUAUACGUAUUGAUCGACGUACAAUGGAAAAAAUUUGGAAACAAAUGGAUCGUAUUGUUAAAUAUUGUCAAAUGCCUAAAAUGAAUUUAAAAAAUUCUCCACCAUAUAUGCUUGAUAUUUUACCUGAUUUUUAUCAAAUAUUACGUGAAAUAAUAAAUUAUUAUGAUGAUCGUAUACAUAUAUUAAAUAAUAUUGAAUAUUUUCAUAUAUUUAUUAAUAAUCUUAUUGAUUUAUGUACAAAAACAAUUGAAUGUUUUAAACAUGCCGGUCAUCAUAUAUAUAAUGAACAAUCAAAUUAUAGAAAAAAUUUUAUUAAAUUUUCAUUAUAUUAUUCACAUAAUUUAACUGAAUUAAAAUCAUUAUUUAUAAAUGGUAUUUAUGAAGGUGAACGUUUUCGUUUAACUAAACAAGAAGCAAAUGAUUUUUGGAAAAAAAAUUUUAAUGAUAGAACUAUUGUACCAUGGGAAGAAUUUAAAGAAAAAUUAAAUCAUAUUCAUAAAAUACAAUCAAUUAAUGAAUCAAUAGCUUUACAAAAUACUAUUGAUUUAACUCAUAAUAAUCAUGUAUCAAUAUUUGAAUUUGAUGUUUUUACAAGAUUAUUUCAACCAUGGUCAUCACUUUUAACUAAUUGGAAAUUAUUAGCUGUAACACAUCCUGGUUAUAUGGCAUUUAUGACAUAUGAUGAAGUCAAAGCAAUAUUAACAAAUUAUAUUAAUAAACCAGGUAGUUAUUUAUUUCGAUUAAGUUGUACACGUCUUGGACAAUGGGCUAUUGGUUAUGUAACAACACAAAAUACAAUACUUCAAACAAUACCACAAACAAAAUCAUUAAUUCAAUCAUUAACCGAUGGAGAACGAGAAGGAUAUUAUAAAUAUCCAAAUGGAAAAAAUAUUAAUAUAGAUUUAUCAUUAGUAUUAAGACCAACAGAAACUGAUCGUAUAUAUGUAUCAGAAGAACAAUAUGAAAUAUAUUGUGAUAUGGGUACAAGUUUUGAAUUAUGUAAAAUAUGUUCAGUUAAUAAUAAAGAUAGUAAAAUUCAACCAUGUGGACAUUUACUUUGUCAAAAUUGUUUAACAGCUUGGCAGAAGCAAACUAGUUCUAAACCACCAUCAUUAUGUCCAUUUUGUCGUAGUGAAAUAAAAGGUUUUGAACCUGUAAUUAUUAAUCCAUUUGAUAGUUCAACAAUACAUAAUAGAAAAGAAUCAAAUUCAAAUGAAUUCGAUAAUCAAAACUUAGAUCCAAAUUCAAAUAUUCAAAAUUUACAAACACUUGCAAUAGUUCAUUCAAUGAAUAAUGAAAAUGCUGAUAGUGUACAAGCUUCAUCAGAUAAUAUAUCUUCUACACCUCCACCAAUACCACCUCGUCCUAUUAAUACAAAAUUAAAUGGAAAUCGAAUUCUAGCAGAUACAAAAAUGAAUACUUCUCAACAACAUUCUACACCACCAUCACAUAAAAAAGAUGUUUUAUUAAUUUCACAACGAUCUUCAGGUAUAAAUUCAAGACCACAUUCAUCAGUAUCAUCAAAUGAUAGUUUCAGUGAUUCAUUUACUUCAUCAACAACAAUGACGAGAGAUUCACAUCCUAUUACUGUUCAAAAUGGUUUUGAUAAUUAUCUUAGCUCAGGAAAUGAAAUAAUAAGUUCUUCUUCUGAUCUUAGUCUUAAUACAAUUGAACAAUUUCAAACAAUCGAUCAUAUACGUAAUCGUUUAAUAUCUGAAAAUAAUUUUGAACUAAGACGUAUUGAAGCUGCUUUAAAAUUAACUGAAGGUUUAUCAUUAUCGAAACAGUAUCAAAUGGCUAAAUUAUUUCUUAAUCAAGUAAAAUAUGAACAAGAACAAUUAUUAAAUAAUAAUAAUAAUAAUAAUACUUUCAUUAAUGGUUCACAUUAA